GGCAUUUCCUUUCCUUUCAUUGGAAUUCUCGCUUCCUUUCCUUUCCUUUCCUUUCCUUUCCGAUUUCCUUCUCUAUUGCUCCUCAAUGGCUUCUCACAUCUCCUUUUUCCCCUUGAAUACUGGAGCUAACAUCCCCUCCCUCGGACUCGGAACUUGGCAGGCAACUGACGCUCUCCUCAUUAACGCCAUUGCCACCGCCCUCAAGAUCGGUUAUCGCCAUAUUGAUUGUGCUCAAUUUUAUGGCAAUGAGAAAGAGAUUGGUUCAGUUCUCAAACAGCUUUUUGAAGAAGGUGUAGUUAAGCGUGAGGAUUUGUUUAUCACUUCCAAACUCUGGUGUAGUGAUCAUGCUCCAGAAGAUGUUCCUAAAGCACUGGACAGAACCUUGAAAGAUUUGCAGCUUGAUUAUCUUGAUCUCUACCUUAUCCAUUGGCCAGUUCGGAUGAAACAUGGAUCUACUGACUUUGCUCCUGAAAACCUCAUUACGCCAGACAUACCAAGCACAUGGAGAGCCAUGGAAGCACUCUUUGAUUCUGGAAAAGCCCGAGCUAUUGGUGUAAGCAAUUUCACCAUCAAGAAACUUGGAGAUCUGCUCGAGGUAGCUCGCGUUCCUCCAUCUGUCAAUCAGGUGGAAUGUCACCCAUUAUGGCAGCAGGACAAAUUACGUGAAUAUUGCAAAUCAAAAGGAAUUCAUCUAAGUGGAUACUCUCCAUUGGGUUCAUUUGGAACAGCUUCGCUGUUCAAGGGUAAUGAUGUUCUUCAAAAUCCAAUUCUUAAAGAGAUUGCCGAUAAACUUGGCAAGACUCCUGCACAAGUUGCCCUUCGUUGGGGACUACAAAAGGGUCAUAGUGUGCUUCCGAAAAGUACUUCUGAAUCGAGGAUCAAAGAAAAUUUCAACAUUUUCGAUUGGUCGAUACCUGAAGAUUUGCUUGCCAAGUUUUCUGAGUUCCAUCAAGAAAGGGUUAUCAAAGGAGAUAUGUUUAUAAAUGAGAAUUAUGUGUACCGGACGGUUGAGGAAUUGUGGGAUGGAGAGAACUAAAGGUGUUUGCCAAUAUAAUAUCAUUUGGAGAUUUGAAAGAGAAUCUCCGUUGUGGUGUUUGGGUACAAUGGUUAUGUAUGAAAUAAUUAUUCAAGUUUUCAAGUAAUAAUUGUGGGAACUAAAGUUUUAGCAUCUCUUAUUUUAUUGGGUUUCUCCUUGUAGUCUUUAGAGUAUAUGUUAGGACAUGCCUUAAAAGUUUUGAGUUUGUUGGGAAUACAACCAUUACUGUGGUGCAGAGGAGAAUAUUAUUUUUACUCGUUAGAUUUUUUUUUUCGAAGUAGAGAUUAUGAGAUUAAACCUCUUGCAUCGAAUUGAAGGAAGUUUGAGUAUGUUGGAAAAAUCGUCGGGAUGUUGAAAAAAUCAUCGGUUUCGACGAUUAUAGCCUCCGCAUCGAAUGGUAGGAAGUAAUAGAAGGAUUAUUGAAAAACAUAGAUUUCCACCUGAAGAAGUCAAAUCGCACAAUUGUAUUUUAUAUAUUUUGUUGUGAUAUCAAAUGGCAAAGGUUCAUAUUAACCAUUUUAA